AUGCUAGCUAUAAAUGGAUUUCCAGUUGGACCUAUUGGUUUUGGGUUGAUGGGAUUCACUUGGAGAUAUCAGCAGAUCCCUGAUGAACAAGCAUUUGAAGCUAUGGACUAUGCCGUGGAGCAUGGAGCCACCUUUUGGAACUCAGGCGAAUUCUACGGAUUGGAUCCUCCUACAGCUAAUUUGGAUUUGCUUGCUCGCUACUUUGAAAAGAGGCCAGAAAAUGCUAACAAAGUUGUUUUGUCUGUCAAAGGAGGUAUGGAUGAAACCAUGAGUCCACGGGGUGAUGAAGAGUCUGUUUGUAAAAGUGUUAGGAACGUCCUUACUCAUCUCCGCGGCACCAAGAAACUUGACCUUUUUGAGUGUGCUCGUGUCGACCCCAACGUGCCUAUUGAGGAUACAAUGAAGACUCUCAAAAAGUUCGUCGAUGCAGGCGAGAUUGGUAGUGUCGGUCUAAGUGAAGCAUCUGCAGAAACCAUUCGUCGUGCUCAUGCUGUUCUUCCCAUAGCUGCUGUCGAAGCGGAAUAUUCCAUGUGGUCACGUGAGAUUGAGGAGAACGGUGUUCUUUCAACUUGCAAGAGUUUGAAUAUUCCCAUUGCUGCUUACAGCCCCCUUGCUCGUGGAUUACUUACGGGUGCCGUCAAGACAAAAGACGAUUUAGAAAAGAUUGUAAGUUCUCUUCCUUUUUAUGAACACUUCGAUCGUUUUCAGCCCGAAAUAUUUGAGAAGAACCUCGCUUGUGUUGAAGCUUUGGAAGCGCAGGCCAAGUCUUACAACCAAACGCUUUCUGAAAUGGCUUUGAGCUUUUUGAUCACAGUAGGUGAAGGCAACAUUAUCCCCAUUCCGGGAGCCACGAAUGCACAACGCAUUGAGCAAAACUUGAAGGCUGCUUCCAAACCUUUAUCUGCAACCCAAGUCAAGGAAAUUUAUGCUACUUUGGACAAGUUACCAAUUGUGGGUCAUCGUUAUAAUCAACACUUUGAACCUACACUUUCUGUCUAAGAUUUUCACGACUACCAUUGUACGA